AUGUUAGAAAGCUGUCUUUAUUUAUUCAUUUUAGCUCUAACAGCCAGCAUUGGAAAACAAGUGCUAACAGUGGGUGAAAGUGUUCAUCAGAUCCCUAGAUAUUCUACAUACGAGAUUGUCACUCCUCAAAGACUAUCAGAGAAGCGCUGGACUCAUCUUCAUGAGGAUCAUUUCGGUAACGAGCUAUCUUAUUUAAUUCAAACUGGAAAUGGAACACACACCCUGAAAUUAAAGAAAAAUGAAAAUCUUAUUGGUGAAAAUUUCAUAAUAUUUACCUACAGUAAUGAUGGGAAAUUGGAGACAACUCCCUUUGAAGCCAAGACUCACUGCUAUUACCAUGGAGUUCUUGAAGGAGUUGCUGACUCUCUGCUUGCUUUCAGUACCUGUGAUGGACUUAGGGGAAUCCUCCAUAUUGCUGGCAAAAGGUAUGGCAUGGAGCCAGUUGAUGGAUCAGAUCAAUUUGAACACUUUUUCUACCCAGUAGAAAAUUCUUCUCAAGACUCUUUUCUGUGUGGGGUGCAACAUAAUGACCUGUUUCAUCAUCAGCAGAGCACGGAGGCUUUUCUGAAAUACACAAAUAUAUCACAUGGCCAUUUUGGCAAGGAUACCAUUCUACGGAGGAGACGUGCUGUGCUGCCACAGAAAAGCUAUGUCGAAUUAUACAUGGUUGUCGAUAACAAAAAGUAUUUGCAGAAAAACAGAGAUGAGGCGGCUGUAAGCAAGGAAAUGGUUGAACUGGCUAAUUACGUUGAUGCGAUGUUCAGUUCUUUAAACAUACAAAUUGUUCUAGUUGGACUGGAGAUAUGGACUACAGGAAACUUCAUAAAUGUGGAUAGCAGUUCAGCUGGAGAUGUACUGAGUGCAUUUGCAGGUUGGAGACAGAAAACUCUCAUGAAGCAACCGAGAAACGACGUUAGCCAUCUUAUAAUAGGGAGACAGCCAUUUGGUACGACAGUCGGAAUGGCUUUUGUUGGGACAGUUUGUAACCGGGAUUUUGGAGGGUCGAUCAGCGCUUUUGGUCAUGAAAAUGUGAUUGCUCAUGCUUCAAUUGUUGCACAUGAACUGGGACAUAAUCUGGGUAUGAAUCAUGAUGAUAAAGGAUGUCCGGGUUCCUACAUUAUGAACAGCAUGGCUAACGGGUCCAAGAACUUCAGCAGUUGCAGUUCCAAUGAUUUUGAAAAUCUCGUCUUGAACGGUGGUGGAAGCUGUCUUAGAAAUCCUCCCAAACCAAGUGAUAUCUUCACAGAACCUGUUUGUGGCAAUCACAUAGUGGAUAAGGAUGAAGAAUGUGACUGUGGUACACCUCAAGAAUGUACCAGUCGUUGCUGUGAUGCGGCAACCUGCAAACUAACGUCUGGAUCAGAAUGUGCAGAAGGUUCAUGCUGUGACGAUUGUAAGUUUAAAGUAGCAGGAAUGCAGUGCAGGCCAAUAAUGAACAGUUGUGAUCUUCCUGAGUACUGCAGUGGAUCUUAUGCCUACUGUCCAGAAGAUGUGUAUAUCAUGAAUGGAUAUCCUUGCAACAAUAUGCAACAUUACUGUUAUAAUGGAGUUUGUCAGAAUUAUGAUGCUCAGUGCAAAUCCCUUUUUGGAAAAGGAACAAAAAAAGGACCAGAUAUUUGUUUUGAAGCUGCCAAUGCUAAAGGAGACAGAUUUGGCAAUUGCGGAAUGUCAGGAUCAAAUUUUGUUAAAUGUUCCCAGGCUGAUAGUUUGUGUGGGAAGCUUCACUGUACAUCAUUCAGUCCUGAGAAUCUUCCUCCCGAAGUUUACAUCCAGAACCAACAAGGCGUUUUAUGUAUGACUACUGAUUUUAACUUAGGAUCAGAUAUUCCUGAUCCAUCUAUGGUUCAGAAAGGCACAGCUUGUAAAGAAGGGAAGGCCUGUGUUGAUUUCAAGUGUGUGAAUUCAAGCUUGCUCGGUUACAACUGUGAUGUAGCAAACAAAUGUAAUGGCCGUGCAGUAUGUAACAACAAAGGUAACUGCCAUUGUGAUCCUGGAUGGGCACCUCCCUUUUGUGACAAAUCUGGUUAUGGUGGCAGCAUAGAUAGUGGUCCAACUCAUAUAGAUACAUCACUUCGAGACGGUCUACUAGUGUUUUUCCUGCUUGUGUUGCCUGUGCUAAUUCUAGUCGUGAUUGCGAUUGUUAAGAGACAUGCAAUUGAAAGAAGGCUUUGCAGAGAAUGUAGAAGACGCCGCAGGGCUAAAAAUGCACAGCAGGCAAUGCAGAAUAAUAUCUCAACUGGACCAAACCAGCCCAGUGCAGUGAACAACCAGAGGCCUGCUACAUCAAAUUCUGGAGUCUUUACAAUAUCGCACUUCCCUACACCAAGGUCACCAGAACAACACCUGCUUGGUCCAUCUCCUCCAAGACCUCCUUUGCGACCCCCAAUCCCACCAAGGCCUGUGUAUGCAAACAUAUCUUGAAAGAAUCU